AUGUCAAAGAAUCCAAUAACUUGCAAUGGAUGUUUCAGCUAUGGAGCAUCGCUUUAUAAAGUUUUCGAUGAUCCGAAAAACUGGACCAAUGCAGUGGAGGAAUGUAGAUGUCGUGGUGGAUUUUUAGCAGAAAUAGAGAGCGCCGAGGAGAAUUCUUUUAUUAAAAACAUAGCUAAAGAAAGAUUUGCAGCAACUGGAGCAAUUUAUUAUUGGCUUGGAGCAUACAAUUUUAAUCAGGAUAGUGAUAUGGAAUGGAUAAGGAAUCCUAGCAAACCAAUGCCCUUUACCGACUGGUUUGAAGUUCCUCCAUCAUGUACUGAAUGCUUUAGUUACGCAUCGUCAAUAUAUAAAGUAAUUGAGGACACUGUUAACUGGGAAAUGGCACGGGAUAAUUGUUAUAACUUGGGAGGAAAACUAGUGGAAAUGGAAACACAAGAUGAGAAUGAUUUCAUUAAGUCUAUUUUAACCGUGAGAAAUGCAAACAUAACUGGAAAUACAAUCUAUUACCUUGGUGGAUACAAGUUCAAAGCCGACGAAAAUAUCAGAUGGAUUAGUACUUCAAGCUUAGAAAUGCCGUUCACUGAUAUGGCACCGGGAGAACCAAACAAUCCUACUAGCGAACUGUGUCUUGGAACAAUCAAGUACUUUGGUUUUCAAUGGGUUGAUUUGCCAUGUGCCUGGUUACAUCCUUACAUAUGCGAAUUUGUCCAUUAA